AAAAAUUCUCUCAAUAAAACUCGAUUAUUGCACCAUAUGGUGUGUGCCAAUGACCUAAUUCGUCGCCCUGUCGAUAAAUAAAGGCUCCCAGCUGUUUGGCCAACCGUCAUUGUGGGUGAAAGUCUAAGUAUUAAAGAAAACAAGAAUGGAUCCUCCAGGUUAUUACUACAACCAAAACCAGAUGUUGUAUGCCGCAGAUUAUGCACCAGGGUCGUAUUAUCCUCAAGAACAGUAUGCUGACCAAGGCUGCACUUACUACAGUUACAGUGCCGUGCCCCGACAAUACUGGGAUGGGAGGAACAGAGGGGGAAGGGGACGAGGUCGCAUCAGUGGUCAGGGCCAAGGUCAAGGUCGUGAGUUUGGGGGAAAUGAGGAUUCAGGGGCGUACGCUUAUUAUGAUUAUGGACCAUAUGAAAAUGCUACAAUUCCUGAUGGUGGCCGUGUUGGCAAUUAUGCUCCGUCGCCGUCGGGCCUAGGUGGUCAGAAAGUUAAUCAAAAGAACUCCAGCAGACGCAGUUAUCAGAAUCAGCGAGCGGAGAGGAUGGAUGCCCGUGAAAUGAGGCAGAGACAGACGAAGGGAACUCCACCACCAGAUGUGGGGAAAGCGUCUGAGGAAUUGAGUGGUGCGAGUAAUAUUGACAAUUCUGGGAAUAAAAACGACAAAAUAGAAACUGAGCAGAAGAAUGGGGCACGCUCGAAAUCAGGGUCCACUUCAAGGGGUAGUUCUGGGAGGGGGGGAAGUAAACAAGGGCCGGGACGCUUUGGCAAAAAUCUUAAUAUUCAGAAUGAAAAUCGUCCUGAUUCUAGAGGUAGUGAAAGUGAUAGAAAGGAUUUUAGAGACAAUAGUUAUUCUCAGGGUGGUGAUGCUGGGUCCAGGGGUGGUAGAUCACGACGUGGUAGAAAUGUGUCGGAUAGAGGGAGCCGGGAAGGGCAGAAUGAUAAAUUGAGAGGUGAAAGGAAUCAAGAGGAUUAUGGCCAAAACCAAGACUUUAAAAGAGAGAGGGGAGGUAGGUCCCGGGGAUACAAAAAUGAUCGUUCUGGGAAUCGAGAUCAGUAUUCUUGGAAUGCAUAUUGUAGUUCCAGAGAAGAUUUUGCUCAAAAUGACUUUGAAAAGUCUGCGGACACGAAGAAAAAAGGGCCAGUUUCAGAUGAUGUGCGCAUCGCUGGAGUUCGCAAAGGAAGUGCUAAGGUUGGAGAUUCAGGAAAUUGGCGAGGUGUGGACAAGAAAAAUAAUGGUGGGGGUUAUAGAGUGCACAUUGGAGGGCAGAAGGUUACAGCAGAGGAACUGGAGACACAGAGAGGUUCCUUGAUAGAGCAGCUAUGUAACAACAACUACGAAUGCAUGGUCUGUUAUGACCUGAUCUAUCGUGAGGCGGCAGUCUGGACCUGUAAGGGCUGCUACCAUAUCUACCAUUUGAAGUGCAUCAGGAAGUGGGCAAGUAGCUCAGCAGCAGUCGUGGAGGGGGAGGAGGGUGGAUGGCGGUGUCCAGCAUGUCAGAACGUCUCGCUGAAGUUUCCAGGACAAUAUUGGUGUUUUUGUGGUAAAAUCCGAGACCCUCUCUACAACCGUUAUGAGACGCCCCAUAGCUGCGGAGAGAUGUGUGGAAAGACUAGGGACAACAACUGCCCACAUCCAUGUAACAUCCUCUGUCACCCAGGACCUUGCCCGCCUUGUAGCGCCAAUGUUGUAAAAGAAUGCGACUGUAAACAGUCAAAACAAUCCAUCAAAUGUAGCCAGAGCUUGUCACUGAAGUGUGACGUCGUCUGUGAUAAACCUCUAAACUGCGGCAAUCACAACUGCCCUCAGGUUUGUCAUGGUGGUAAUUGCUCAAGUUGCGAUGUGGAAAUCAAACAAGCUUGUCAUUGCGGACAGACGGACCGAGUUGUUUUUUGCGGCACUGAAGAGUCCCUCUAUUCAUCUUACAGUUGUGAACAAGUUUGUAAUAAAAUUCUUGCCUGUGAUAACCACCGUUGUGAAAAAAUCUGCCAUGAUGGGCCAUGCGAUGUGUGUCAGCUCCAUCCUGAUGUCGUCACACAUUGCCCAUGUGGCUCCACAGAGCUUUCAACCAUGACUGAGGCUGAGAAGCGUUUGAGCUGUAUUGACCCAAUACCUGUUUGUGGGCAGACUUGCGGCAAGGAACUACCCUGUGGACCAGAAGCGAAACGCCAUAUAUGCCAGCGGCCGUGCCAUGAAGGUGACUGCUGUGCCUGUGGUGGUGAGAUGCCUGUCACAUGUCGCUGUGGGUUCUUCAUAAAAGAAGUGCCUUGUGUAGAAGGUGUGCUGUAUAACGAUGACAAUCCAUUACUAUGUGAUAAACGCUGCAAUAAGAAACGCCAGUGCGGCCGCCACAAAUGCAACCAAGUCUGCUGCAUCGAGAAGGACCAUAAGUGUGAACAGAUCUGUGGCCGGAAGCUGACAUGUGGCCUCCAUCGCUGCAUGGAGCUGUGUCACCGUGGGAACUGCCAUACUUGCUGGGAAGUCAGUUUUGACGAGCUUCACUGCCACUGUGGAACGGAGAUCAUUUUCCCGCCGGUCCAGUGUGGAACUCGUCCGCCAGAAUGUCAACAACUCUGUAAACGACAACAACCGUGCGAACAUCCUGUACGCCAUACCUGUCAUAGCGACGAGGUCUGUCCACCCUGCACGAUACUCACCCAGAAGUGGUGUCAGGGAGGCCAUGAGUUGCGUAAAAGCAUUGCAUGCCACAUUACGGAAGUAUCAUGUGGCCUUCCAUGCAAUCGGCCCCUGCCCUGUCAGCAGCACAAGUGUCAGCGAACUUGUCACAAGGGUCCAUGUUAUGAAAAAGAAGGUGAAAGAUGUACACAGAAGUGCUUGAUCCGUAGGGAGGAGUGUGGUCAUACUUGUGGAGCCCCAUGUCAUGUGGGAAUGCCUUGUCCAAACGCAGCAUGUAAAACUGAGGUUGAUCUGAAGUGUCCGUGUGGGAAUCGGACAGAGAGGGCGCGGUGUAACCUCGGAGGAGGAGAGGGCGAUAAGAAUAAACCACAGAUGUCGUCAUCGGUGUUAGCUGGUCGUAUCUUUGGCAGUCAGAGCAUUGACAUCACGAACCUUAACAAGGCUCCUCAAAGAGAGUUGGAGUGCAAUGAGGAGUGUCAUAGGAUUGAAAGGAACAAACGACUGGCCCUGGCACUGCAGAUUUCCAAUCCAGAGUUGUCAUCUAAACUUGGUCCUCCCAGCUAUACACAAUUCCUGAAGGAGUUUGCCAAGCUCAACCCGGCGUUUGUUGCGAAUGUUGAAAAGGCUUUAUCUGACUUGGUCCAGAAUGCAAAGCAGUCGAAGCAACCUUCACGCAGUCACGCCUUUAAGCCAAUGAAACAACAGCAACGACGCCUCAUCCAUGAAUUGGCCGAUUUCUAUGGAUGCACAACCCAGAGUUACGAUUAUGAACCAAAUAAGUCUGUGGUCGCUACGGCUUAUAAGGAUAAGUGUUGGCUGCCUAGUGCUACACUGACGAAGGUCGUACAACGGGAGGUUCACCCCCUGGCUCCAAGGCCGAUACCACUUAACAGUACAGAGAAGCAAGUCAGAGCUGCAGCCCGGGCUUCUUCAAAGCAAAGUCUUGAUUACCUGUCGUCGUCGGUCAGCCAAGAUGACAUCACCAAAACAAAACGUGUUGAGAAAUCGUUCAUUGACUAUUUUGAAAUGACAGACUGAUGGAAGCUCCUAAGCCAUGUUUGUGCUAACCCAUUGUUGUGGCUAAUGGAAAACGAGCUAGCAGAUAACUAGACUGCCCAUAAGGACUGAGAAGGGCCAGGAAUGGAUGUUCAAGCUUUGUUCUAGGAUAUGGGAAGUACUCUGGCACUUCUUCUGCAUGGAGCUGUUCAUAUCAGUUGAUUGUAAGGGCCCAAAACAAGUGACAAGGACCUUAGGGGUACUUCUGAUUAAAGGCCUAGAUUGUACCUUGAAGGCUGGCCCUAGAUUGUACCUUGAAGCCUGGCCCACUAAGGAAAGUAUCCCAAGCAACAAUUUUUUCUGAUGUGCCCAGCGAAAGACCAUUCUAAUAGUUAAUGCUAAAACGAAGUGGAAAUGAGUUUUGUGUCGGGACGAGGCUGUGUUGUCUUUUUGAAUAUGUGCUUGAAUUUAAUGUAUGUGCUGUAUAGCACCAUUGUGGAACUACUUAUCAUGAAGACUGCUAGCCUAAUGAAUCCUGGAGAUUUUUUGACGGAUUUGAUUUACAUAGUAUGCGUUAGCAUAACUUUUGUUCAAACUGUUAUGAAUUACUUCGAGAAUUAUGCAAUUAUCAUUAUUGUGAAUUGUUUCAAAUUGUUUGCAUGAAGUGUAAAUAUUUCAGUUACAAAAUAUGUCGGUAAUGGUAAAGUGUACCACUCAAGUUUGUCAGAGUUCGCUUGGAAGCCAAAUAAUUGUGGUGUUGACUGGCAGAAGAAAAGUUAUGUUUGACUUGAAUACGUAACGAUAUGAUAAUUGAUAUGUUAUUUCAAGAAUAUGGUUGGUAUUGACCAUAUUUAAUCAGAGGAGAUUGUCUGUACAUAGAAUCGCUUGUGAAACUAUUAGAUUAUAUAUUUUUUGAUACGAGCUUAGUUGUUGCGGUAGAAAUCAUACUUGGGUUGGAUAGCUUGGCAUGUCUUAUCAAACCUCAUCAAAAUCAAUAUCAUACAUCAAUUGUUGUGUUACUCGCUCUUGGUAUUGAACUUGUGCAUUAGUGUCACUUUUGACUCACAAUCCACCAUUCUGUCGUCAACUAAUAAGUGAAAUAAAAUUGGGUUCAUAGUAUAUUAUUUGUAAA